AUGGUAUUGUUGCCCAAUAAACCUGCACCAGAAUUCAAAGGAAAUGCUGUGGUUAAUGGUGAAUUCAAAGAGAUCAGUUUGAAGGAUUAUCGGGGAAAAUAUGUUGUAUUAUUCUUCUAUCCAGCUGAUUUCACAUUCGUGUGUCCCACUGAAAUCAUCGCGUUCAGUGACCAGGUGGAGGAGUUCAACAGUCGAAAUUGUCAAGUGAUCGCCUGUUCUACAGAUUCUCAAUACAGUCAUCUUGCAUGGAACAAUUUGGAUCGUAAAGCUGGUGGAUUGGGUCAGAUGAAAAUUCCUCUGUUGGCCGACCGCACACAGGAGAUUUCCAGAGCAUAUGGUGUAUUAGAUGAGGAGGAUGGCAAUGCAUUCAGAGGUUUAUUCAUCAUUGAUCCGAAGGGAAUUCUACGUCAAAUCACGAUCAAUGACAAGCCAGUUGGACGAUCUGUAGACGAAACAUUACGACUACUGGACGCGUUCCAAUUUGUGGAGAAGCAUGGUGAAGUGUGUCCAGUGAACUGGAAACGUGGUGAUCAUGGGAUCAAAGUUAAUAAAAAAUAG